CGCCCGCCGCUCGGCUGCACAGCCGCUGGAGCAGCCGGGCCACGAGACUCUGACAGCGGCGCGGCCCGCGCGGCUCCGGGAGCGCAGGGACGGACGGACGGCAGCGGCGAGGGAGGACGCGAGCGCUGCGGCCGGGAGCCAAGUGCGGGAGGCGCGCGGGGUCGGCGGCGCGCAGAGACCUCCUCUGAAGCAGCUGGAGCUCAAGUCUCCCCAUCCCCAAGGAUUCAGCCAGCCAGGAGAGGAAAAGAGGAUGGGACGGGGCUUACCCAGGGCUGAACAGUGAGCCACAGCUCUUUGAACCUGGAGCUCCGACCGGGAGGCUCUGCCGCGCGGGAGUGACUCAGGAAGAAUUGAUGCUCUGGCCCCCUGCGACAUGUACAUGGUGUAAUGACAGGUAAUGAACCUGAAGCUCGGCUAUCCUUUAUCAAUGAUAUGGCAGGAAAUGAGCAGGUUUGCAGAAAGACUGGUGGCCUAAAAUUGAAGCCUAAGGAGUCGCUGCUUGGCUCUGGCUGAGAACAUGGCCAAUGACAUUGACGAGCUGAUCGGCAUCCCUUUCCCUAACCAUAGCAGCGAGGUGCUGUGCAGCCUCAACGAGCAGCGGCACGCAGGGCUGCUGUGUGACGUGCUGCUCGUGGUUCAGGAGCAAGAGUACCGCACACACCGCUCGGUGCUGGCAGCCUGCAGCAAGUACUUCAAGAAGCUCUUCACGGCAGGAAGCCUGGCCAGCCAGCCCUACGUCUAUGAGAUUGACUUUGUCCAGCCUGAAGCUCUGGCUGCCAUCUUGGAGUUUGCCUACACCUCCACACUCACCAUCACUGCCUCCAACGUCAAGCACAUCCUCAACGCGGCCAGGAUGCUGGAGAUCCAGUGCAUUGUGAAUGUGUGCCUGGAGAUCAUGGAGCCUGGCGGCAACGUCGGUGAGGAGGAUGACAAGGAGGAGGAGGAGGAUGAUGAAGAUGACGAAGAUGAAGAUGAUGAAGAGGAAGAAGAAGAGGAAGAGGAGGAGGAGGAGGAUGACACAGAGGACUUUGCUGACCAGGAAAACUUGCCUGACCCCCAGGACAUCAACUGCCCCCAAAGCCCCUCCAAGACAGACCAUCUCACAGAGAAGGACUAUUCGGACACACCCAGAGACUUCCCCGACUCCUUCCAGCCCGGAAGCCCUGGCCAUCUGGGAGUGAUCCGGGACUUCUCCAUUGAAUCUCUGCUGAGGGAGAACUUGUACCCCAAAGCCAACAUCCCUGACAGAAGACCCUCUUUACCUCCAUUUGCCCCAGAAUUCUUCCCACACCUCUGGCCAGGUGACUUUGGUGCCUUUGCUCAGCUGCCUGAGCAGCCCAUGGACAGUGGGCCACUGGAUCUAGUCAUCAAGAACCGCAAAAUCAAGGAGGAGGAGAAAGAGGAGCUGGCCCCGCCCCCGCCCCCUCCCUUCUCUAGCGACUUCUUCAAGGACAUGUUUCCUGACCUGCCCGGUGGGCCGCUGGGCCCCAUCAAGGCAGAGAAUGACUAUGGUGCCUAUCUCAACUUCCUGAGUGCCACCCACCUGGGGAGCCUCUUCCCGCCCUGGCCGCUGGUGGAGGAGCGCAAGCUGAAGCCCAAGGCCUCUCAGCAGUGUCCCAUCUGCCACAAGGUCAUCAUGGGGGCUGGGAAGCUGCCCCGGCACAUGAGGACCCACACCGGGGAGAAGCCGUACAUGUGCAGCAUCUGCGAGGUCCGCUUCACCAGGCAGGACAAACUGAAGAUUCACAUGCGAAAGCACACGGGGGAGCGGCCCUACUUGUGCAUUCACUGCAACGCCAAGUUCGUGCACAACUACGACCUCAAGAACCACAUGCGCAUCCACACGGGCGUGCGGCCCUACCAGUGCGAGUUCUGCUACAAGAGCUUCACACGCUCCGACCACCUGCACCGCCACAUCAAGCGGCAGAGCUGUCGCAUGGCGCGACCCCGGCGUGGUCGCAAGCCCGCUGCCUGGAGGGCGGCCAGCCUGCUCUUUGGGUCGGGUGGCCCCUCACCCGACAAGGCGGCCUUCGUGAUGCCACCCGCGCUGGGCGACAUGGGUGGCCACCUGGGCGGCACGGCCGUGUGCCUCCCGGGCCCCAGCCCGGCUAAGCACUUCCUGGCGGCACCCAAGGGCACCCUGAGCCUCCAGGAGCUGGAACAGCAGUUCGAGGAGACGCAGAUGAAGCUGUUUGGACGCGCACAGCUCGAGGCCGAGAGGAACGCGGGUGGCCUCCUGGCCCUGGCCCUGGCCGAGAACGUGGCCUCCACUCGGCCCUACUUCCCGCUGCCAGAUCCCUGGGCAGCGGGCCUGGCUGGCCUUCCUGGUCUCACCGGCCUCAACCACGUGGCCUCCAUGUCUGAAGCCAACAACUAGGCUGGCCCUGGUCCACCCUAGUCCCAAACCCUGUCUUAAGUCCCUCUAAGGCCUGCCCUGCCCCACCCAGUGGACCUGAACUUUCUAGUUCGCAAACGCAAGGGGAAAAUGAAAAAACAAAAAACAAAAAACAUUUUAGCUGAGAUGCAAUUUUCCUGGCCUUCGAGGGCAGCAUCUCCUUUUUGCCUGUAUCUGAGCUAGGCAUCUCUUCCCUGAGGGUUUGGAACCCCCUCCCCGAUCUCUCCCUGGCUGCCUCUGGUUCACAAAGAAAUACACAGGGUGCCAAACCUCGGAAGGCUCCGUGCUGGUGCCAGGAGCACAUUACAGCGGUACCGGGCUGUGAGGAGGGAGCUCUCUGCCGGGCUGGCCGGGAGGAGCUAGCAUGAGGACUGUGCCCUGACCAGGCACUUUGGUUGAGCCCUUCAACCCCAUGGGGGAGUCCCUCCCAACACUGCCUUCAGAGUCAGGUUCCAGCUCAGAGGUCCCGGAUCCAAUUGAGCAACGCUACCGGUCCACGGGGAGAGACCAUUCCUACUGGUCAGAAAGGCCUCCUGCAGCCAGGAGCUGGCAUGGAGCGAGCCCAUUUUAUAUCGGCUUGACCUGUGACCUUAGGAGGGUCAACCCUCUGUGCCUCACAGUCACCCUGCUGCGAAAGGGGGUGGUAACUUACAUUCCCCUCCCCCCUUUAUACAUAUUCACACCUGUUCCAAGAGUUCCUUGGAAGGUAGAAGUUUAGCACCCCCAGUGUUACUGGGGAGACUAUCUAACUGGAGUUGGUUUCAUCGCCUCCACGUGGAAGUCAGCAUGUUAGCUUCAGUAAGACAUGCGGCAGAACUGGACAGGAACAACGGAACGAGAGGGCUUCAUGGCUUUCAAUACCCACAGGUAGCUCCAGGGACCCCAAAAUCUGCCUCACUUCUGGUAGGCCACUGCCAUAUCUAAACACCCCCUGGAAAUGAGAGUCAGCAUUGGCUCACCCCCACACUCCCUCAGUGUUCAGGCUCCGUUAGCUGAUGGAUGGAUGGGGCUAACAGCCACCACCUGCCUGGCUUCCCCCAACCCUACAAACGUCACAGAACCUUGUCAUCCAGGGCUCAGAUUGUGAGCCCAGGCCUGAGCUUUGCUGGCGACACACCUUCUACUGUGUUUGAGCCCCUGGUCCCCCUUCCAUAUUUGACCAAAGGGCUCCCAUGCAAGGAGGUAGAGUCCUUCGGGUUGUGAUGGGCUGUGUUGCAAGUCACACUCAGGCUGGUUCUGGGUUGGUGGUAGUGAGACAACUUUGCUGGCCCAUGCUUUCUUGAGUUUAUAUUGGUUUCUUGAGAUCCCAGGAAGGAGAAUCCACCUGCUUGGAAGGCCUGGAGUCCCAGAGCCCCAAGCUGUGGGUCCAGGAGCCUCAGCACUUCCUAUAUCAAUUGCCUUGGCUUCUUCAUGUACAAACACAAACACAAAAAGGCCAGAGAAGACAGUAGGCUCUGUCCCUCCUGAAGCUCCCAAGACAGUCCGUGCCUGCCAGUGCCACCAGACGAGUGUCCAUCAGGGAGGAUUUUCCUCAGUUCCCCGUCCUCAUCAGUCACCUGCCGGGCAACUGCCUCUUAAAUUCCUGUCUGCCACUCAGACAGUCGCCAGUAUGCACAUUUUGCCCCAGCAGCCAGGUGGCUGUAGCUGAACCAGACUCAGAACCAAGAGGGACCAGGGGAGGGCAGUGGUGUCAGGCUUCUGUUUUUAUUUUGUAAAGGUAAUGACUUCUUAUAAACUCACUUUUUCAGAUGACUGGCUAGUUCUUUUUGUCGUUUGUUUUCGUUUGUUUUUCUGGGCUGCCGUUUGGAAUUGUACAUUGUAAAAUAUCCAAAGAUGUUGAGUACUGUAUGAUCAAGCACUUGAAACAAAUGGCUGGGGGGUGGGGAGGGGCGGCUGUGUGGUUUUUUUUAUUAGUAUUAUUAUUAUUUUGUUUUGUUCAUGUUCCUGACUUUCCUGUCUGUCUGUGGGAGACUUUUGGAAUUUUUUCUAUUUAUAAAACUUUUUAUGUGACGACUCUAUGUAAAAAUGACACACAUGAAGUUUGCCUUAGUGAUUCAAGGGACAAUCUUCCGUAACUUUGGUCGCACGAUGCAUCCUGCCCAGAAAUGCUCAGAUCAUUCUCUGGCCUAUUUAUUAAACGAUAUCAACUGACUUGAUUAAAUGAUAUUGAGAGUG